AUGCUGCCCGAAAAGCAAAGAUACUCGUCCGUGACCACCAGAGCCAUAAUCCUGACAAUCAUCCUCAUUUUCCCGGGCUCAUGCUCUGCCGCAACCGCCUCCGCCACCGCCACCGCCGCGAGUCCGGUGAAAACGGUGGUGGUGCUGGUGAUGGAGAACCGGUCAUUUGAUCACAUGCUUGGAUGGAUGAAGAAGCUGAAUCCCGAAAUCGACGGCGUAGACGGAACCGAGUCGAACCCGGUUUCCACAACCGACCCGAACUCGGCUCGUGUUUACUUCGGCGAUAAAUCACACUUCGUGGACCCCGACCCGGGCCAUUCAUUUCAAGCCAUCCGGGAACAAAUAUUCGGGUCCAACGACACCUCCACCGUGCCUCCGCCGAUGAAUGGGUUCGCCCAACAAGCCCGUUCCAUGGACCCCAAUAUGACGGAAAGUGUCAUGAAUGGUUUCCUACCUGAUAAGGUAGGAGUUUACAAGGCUCUGGUGUCGGAAUUCGCGGUGUUCGACCGGUGGUUCGCGUCGGUUCCAGCGUCGACCCAGCCGAACCGCCUCUACGUCCACUCAGGAACCUCUCACGGCGCCACAUCAAACAUCGCCUCACUACUAAUCAAAGGCUACCCGCAGCGCACCAUCUUCGAGGACCUCGACGACGCCGGAUACUCCUUCGGGAUCUACUUCCAGAACAUUCCCGCCACCCUGUUCUACAAAAACCUAAGAAAACUCAAGUACCUCGGCAACUUCCAUCCCUACGGCCUCUCCUUCAAGAACGACGCCAAAAACGGGAAGCUCCCGAACUACGUCGUGGUGGAGCAGCGUUACGUCGACUCGAAGAUCGAGCCGGCGAACGACGAUCACCCGUCGCACGAUGUUUACGAGGGGCAGCUGUUCGUGAAGGAGGUUUACGAGAUUCUGAGGAGCAGCCCGCAGUGGAACGAAACUCUGUUUGUAAUCACGUACGAUGAGCAUGGUGGGUUUUUCGAUCAUGUACCCACACCUGUCAGUGGGGUCCCUAGUCCAGAUGGGAUUGUGGGGCCCGAUCCGUUUUUCUUCAGGUUCGACCGGUUGGGAGUUCGGGUCCCCACCAUUGCGGUAUCUCCUUGGAUUCAAAAGGGCACUGUUGUUCAUGGACCAAAGGGUUCACCAUAUCCAACAUCAGAAUACGAGCACUCCUCAAUUCCAGCAACAGUGAGGAAGAUCUUCAACCUACCAUCUCCCUCUUUAACCAAGAGGGAACAGUGGGCUGGCACCUUUGAAUCUAUUCUCCACACCCUCAAAUUCCCCAGGACUGAUUGUCCAGAAAAACUUCCAACUCCAAUCAAGAUUCGGCAGGGAGAAGCAAAUGAAGAUGCCCAAUUGACCGAGUUUCAACAAGAAAUGGUUCAACUCGCAGCCGUGUUAAAAGGAGAAGAUAUCUUAGCGACUUAUCCAGAACAAAUUGGGAAGGGAAUGACUGUAAAAGAAGGGAAGAGAUACAUGGAAGAUGCAGUGAAGAGCUUCUUCGAAGCUGGAAAUUCUGCUAAAAGAAUGGGAGUCGAUGAAGAUCAAAUUGUUAAAAUGAGGCCUUCCCUUACAACUAGAAGAUCCAAGCCAACCCCUGAAUACCACCCUUAA